AUGUUAUCUCAGGAAUUAGUUAGUUAUCUUUACUUCAGUGAUGCGGAAUUUACUAAAGUAUACUUUAUUUACACACCAUUCAGGCGAAAUGAAUUAAUUGCACGAUAUAUCAAGCUUAGAACGGGCAAAACUAGGACAAGAAAACAAGUAUCAAGUCAUAUUCAAGUGUUAGCACGUCGACGAUCAAAAGAAUCGGCUGAAUAUUCAUUCGAUGAUAUUUAUGAUUCAGAUUUAUGUGGUUUCUCCCCAUCUACAGAUAUUCAUGAAGAUAAUGAGCAAUCAAACUUUAGUGUGGGAAAUUCGAAUUCUAAACUAGAAAAGAAUACAUCAUUUAGCGUUGAGACAUUUUUAUCACAAGUCACCUCUCCUGAAUAUACAGAUUUGAAAAAGUUAAAUAUUUCUAAUCAAUUAAGUAUUAUUCAAACGGAUCAAAUACACCUUAUGUAUUAUGAUUUAUACAUGUGUAAUUCUGCUCAGGCUCAUCAUUCUACAAAUGAACAAGCUUUGAUUAUACUUAACUCAUCCUCACCAAUUAGUGUAGUUCACUCCCAAAUGGAUUCAAAUCAAUCUGAUAUUAUACCUCAACAUAUUGAUAUAAAUUGGCCACAUAUUCUUAGAAAUCAACCUGAAAAAUGUUUUAUUAUGAAUUUGAGGAUUGAUUUGCCAGUUGCUAACCAUUUGAUGUGUAAUCCAUUUUUAUCCACAACUAUUAUAUUCAAGAGUAUUUGCUCUAGAAAAAAAUCUCUAAAAUUAUCUACAAAAAUUUUCACAUUCAACCAACUUAUCACAGAGACAGAAACUAAUUUAAAAUUACUGGAAAAUAACCAAGAAAAUAUUUAUAUUAGUCAACGAAAAUUGGAAUCAUAUCUUACAGAAUUAUUGACAAAUCUUUCAAAAUUAGAUUCUGAAGAACUUAUAAAUUUGGCUUUGGAAAGUACAUAUUUAUUACAGCUUGUAUAUGAUGAUGAAACUAAUUGUCCAAUGAUUGGAUUUAUUAUACUAUUAAAUAUGUCAAGAGUUGAUCAUAUGAAACCACAUCAAAUAAUUUGUUUUUCAUAAUUUCAUUUCAGUUUAUUUUCUUUAACACUUUUCCUUAUAGUGUAAUGUUUUCUUUUUUAUUAUUAUUAUUACAAACUGUAAUACAUAUAUCAAUCUUAUGCAUCGUUUUAAUUUAAUCAUAAAAUUUUAUAUUCACUUACUGUUUUUCUUGAAUUAUCUCCUAAUCUUCAAAUCAAUUUUUAGUAUUACAUUAAAUCAUAAUCGUUUUCUUUAUUUAUCCAUG